AUGGAAGACAUUCAAGCCCUAGGCCGCCUCACAAAGCGGCGGCUCGCUGCCAACCUUAAAAAUAGAAUAAAUGAAGGACGGACUACUACCAAAGCCCCCCCACGACGAGGAGAUUCUACCACUUUGUCAGAACAUGAAUUCGAAUGCUGGGGUUCCGAUCGGAGAAACUCGGUCACAAUGUGGUCCCAGGAAACCCGUAAAUCUAAAAGGAAGCUCAGCGAAACGGAUACCACAAAAAGCGUAUACGAAGGCCGGGAAUUGAGAAUGCCUUAUAAUACUGUCCCUUUCAGGAAUACAAAUGAUGCAAGUGUCCAAGGUGCAGAACCGAUUUCUGAAAAUCGCCCGAACGCUAAGAGGAGAGCCGUUGAUAGGCUUGGGCGGGUGCAGCAGGCUAUAGAAGAGGCCGAGACUGUACCGCAGCCUGAUUUUAAUCAAGAAAACUUCACUGCGGUGGAAGGGUCGACCGGUUCUGGAUACGAGGUAGUUGAUGAACUCAUGAUAGGGGGCAUCCUGAGCAAUAAAUCCUCUCCUCCAUUUCAUACCAACGAUAAAUCCUCUCCUCCAUUUCCUAUCAGCGAUAAGACAUUGGAGGAAACGGACAAAGCCAUAAGCUUGCUUGGAAUACCAGUGUAUCGUCCGAGACGUAUGCUUAGAUCGGAAAAGAAAGAACCCCCAACUGAUUUUAAGGACGGUUGCCAGAGUCUUAAAGACCAAUACUCGCAAAAAGCUCGUCAUACAAAUCCGGAUCUCAAGGUGGCCAAUUCUCGGAACUGGCGUCAAAUUCGAGCCCAGAACCCUCUAUACCGUUUCGCUAUGUUCUCAGACGACGUUUGGACGAUUGACACAACAAUCAUGUCAGCGAAAGCUAUUCUAAAAUUGCCUACCCAUAUUGCAGGACGACCCGUUAUCCUCAAUUAUCUACCUUCCAUGAUUGGUUCCUUUCCGUACUACCCAGAUCCAGUGAAUACACCAAUCAAUCCAACGAAGGACAUCGACGAUGGGACCCUUCGUUUCCUUUUCGAACAAUAUCCCGGGGUGAGAGCUGCUUGCGUCUAUCUGAAUAAAACAUUGGUACUUCUCCACGAUGGCAAGUUUAACCGGCGGACUGAAUUCCGUAAAAGACCCCGCAAAUUUGGUGGCCUUGAUGUCGAUCAUGCUCCGUUCAACCAGAGAUACACAACAGGACCUGUUGUAAAUGAUUCAGCAUCGAGGGGAUCUCAACUUGACAAAAACGAAGAUCUUCGGGUAGAAAUAGGAUCCAAUGGGUUUGGUUUGGCUUAUUUUCAAAAUGGGGCGAAAAAGGUAGAAUGUAGAGGGCUUAGGGUAGGAGUGCGCCUCAUGAACAUAGCUAAUCCUGACUGCGAAGUACUUACUAUAACGGCGCACUCCCUCCUAAAAUCUGUCGAAGAUAUUUACGAGGAUCAGGAGGAAAGCGAGCACCACCCCUGGUACGAUCCAGCAACAUUUUUGAAUGUAAAUAAAACCAACUAUAAAUUUAACCAUCAGGACGAUGAGUUUGGAAUCAUCCACAGUCAUUAUGAGGUCGAGCCAAAAUCAAAUUCAGAUCUGGGUGGCUACCAGAACAUGCUGCGGCAUGACCUUGUACUCAUUGGAGAACCAGACAAAACCUCGCCUAAUAUGCGCUUUCCCAUCUUUAGGGACUCACGUGGGACUCCCAUCGAAAUGGAAUGGGCAGACAUCGAAAAUGAAGAUUUCAAAACCCAGGAAAUAGUCCUUCUAGGAUUUAACAUCCAGUUACAUGCAGAAGACUCCCAACAAAGGAAAGAAGCCAAUUCAAGCUCACAGCCCAGACAAGGAGGUGCCCAAAGGAAGUAUACUGGCACUGCAUCUCAACAAGGAAGGGCUGUGGUAACCCAUGAAGAUUAUAAAGACAAAACAUUGGAGAUUAACGAGGAUGGUGUCAUGAGCCUAAUGGAACUCAAUGGUGUGGUUGAAGGCAGAAGCUACGAAUGCGGGGUUAAAUCAAAAGGACCCUCGAGCAAAGAUACCAAAUUUCAAGAUAGUCUCCGCGAUUUAAGCUAUUUCCAAAGAUCAAUCCUCUGGAGACCAGAUAUCGAGAGACUGAGGUGGGAUGAUGACCAGUCGGAUGAUAUUGAAGAAAGCGGCGAGAGGUCAAGCGGCCUUUUAUCAAUCGAGGGUGCUAGCGGCUGUCCAUUGGCCUUCAAAACCCAGAGAAAUGGAAAAACAGUGUACAGGAUUUUCGGAUUCCAAAACUCGGAACAUCUACCAAAAUUCGACGAUCUCAGGUUGAAACAAGAAGAAUGGGCAGCAGAGGCAUUAAUCGGAAACUUCCACACAUACCAUAGCCUUUGCCUUCCGGAAAAGCUUAUCAAAGAAUGGAUCAUUGUUUGGAAACUACCAACGCCAAAACCACAGAACCAGGACCCGCCAAGUGCUGGAGCUGGAGAAUCAGAUAUCGAGAUGCAGGAUAUUGGUAUGCAUGGUGUUGAGGCGCACGGUAUUGAUAUCAGCCUGAGUCGCACAGAAAAGGCAACUAAACAGCACAGGCGCACAACCACCAGCAGGAUAUCAAAGUCACGGCCUGAAACUGCACAAUCACGGAAACAUCUUCAAAAAAUUCCUCAAAGCGUACUACAGGAUGCAUUGGGAGAGAAAGCCUCACAAUCAAAACAUCCGCGAGUUUAA